GACUGCACUGAGGGCGAACGUGUUAGGAAACUUGGUGCAAGGGCAAAAAGCUUGUUAGAAGACAGGGUUCUGCUUCGUUGGGGGAAACGGAGUGUUCACCCGCAAAGAAUCUCAGGAAAACCAGUUGAGUUAAGUUCCUUAUGACUUCCCCUGAAAUUGCUUCCCUCUCAUGGGGGCAAAUGAAAGUACAAGGCUCUACUAAAAUCUAUAAGGACUGCAAAGUGUGGCCAGGGGGAAGCCGGGCUUGGGAUUGGAGAGAAACAGGAACUGAGCAUUCUCCUGGUGUGCAGCCUGCAGAUGUGGAGGAAGUUGUCGAGAAGGGUGUGCAGACCCUUGUGAUUGGCCGAGGGAUGAGUGAGGCCUUGAAGGUACCCCCAUCAACUGUGGAGUACCUCAAGAAAAAAGGCAUUGAUGUGCGGGUCCUCCAGACAGAGCAGGCAGUAAAGGAGUAUAAUGCCUUGGUUACCCAAGGCGUCAGGGUGGGAGGGGUGUUCCAUUCCACCUGCUGAUGGAGACUUAAGAGAAUAAAUCACUAAGCAGUGAU